AUGACGCAGGUCACGCGUCAGGAAAUCCUCGGACUUUACCGCAAGAUAUUCCGAAUAGCCAAAAAAUGGCGGUCUGCGUCCGGGCAGAUGGAGGAGACCGCAAAAGAAAAACAGUAUAUUAUCAACGAAGCUAAAACGUUGUUCCAAAAGAACAAAAAUUUAACGGAUCCUGAGCAGAUUAAACAAUGUGCAGAAGAGUGUGAGGCGAGGAUCGAGAUAGGACUUCAUUACCAGAUCCCUUAUCCAAGGCCGAUUCAUCUGCCUCCCAUGGGCCUUGCACACCAGCAAGGCCGUGCGUUGCGACAUCAGGAAAAGCUGAGGAAACUUUCCAAGCCUCUCUACUUGAAGUCUCACGAUGAAAUUUCUUAA